AUGCCGCCUCAUUAAAUAAGAGGAACUGAGGUAGAUGACAAAGGAGUCCCACGCUGAAAAAGAAAAGGACACACAUACUAAUUGUGCAGGGAAUUCACGUUUUUAUAGAUUUAGAAUUCAACUGCCUGGUAUGAGAUUUUCAUUUCGAGAUAAGUGCACACAUAUACAUGUAUGUAACCGUUUUAUCACCUUGUAAAUGGUCUGUAAGAUUUGCAAAUUACCCAAACGCUUUUGAUAUACAGUGAUCCCCCGCUAUAUCGCAGAUUUUUCUCCGACGCAUUACAGUUCUCUGCUGUGUGUGUGUGUAUGUAUGACGUACGUACGUCGACAUCCACAUAUGUGUUUACAAAGGGUGUUUUAUUAAGUUUACAUGUGUUUAAAGCGUGUGUGUGUGUGUGUGUGUGUGGGGGGGGUAUUUUAAGGCUUAAACUAUAUUUUAAAAUGUUAUUUAUAAUGGAAUAUUGUAGAUUUGCUAUAAUAUUUCUUGGGUGAGAGUCUGAAAGCGUCAGUGUUCCGCCCGCUUCCUCAGCGUUGGCAGCCCUGAAUAUUUGGUUCCAUCAAAGAAGUCAACAUCAGUCCAUCAUGUUCCUACAGAUACUUACCUAAAGUACGUUUACAGAAAAAAAUAAACAAGCUUCUUGCAGGGCAAGAUACACUCUAGAAGGGACGCCAGGACUCGCAAAAACUAUUUCGUCGGAUGCACAUCGGUCAGGAGCCGUAUAAGGAGUGAGUCCUUAUCAGUGCCUUAGGGAAAUGCACGCCUGUCUGAACACGUUCGUCGAUUCAGACCGCCGAAAAUACCAUAAAUGUAACAACAGCUGUACGACUCGAGGUGAAUUCCGUGACCGGUAAUCGGAAUCUUAAUCUUAUAAAAGCUGCCUAACUAUUAUGGACGUCUCUUCAGGUUGCCCUGGUAUCGGCCAGCAACUAUAUUAGAUUAAUGCCAGUACUUCCAAGCCAAACAGGCGUCAAGCUGCAGAAUGGAAACCCGUACAGCAUGAUAUUCUUUUUAAAAAAUCUAAAUAAUUGUUUAAACAUCUUUUUAGAUUGCAAAAGAGGUUAGGAUAGUGAGGGUUGAUCAACAUUUCUCGCGUCCACCCCCGACUCAUCCUCUACUGUUAUGGACCACCCUCAGCACACACGCCCCGACUUCCCCCAGCAAGGUGAGGGAAUGAAAGCUCCAGACUUCCGCGGAACCAUCGUUUCAGACAGUUGCGUGCAGGUUAUUUAUAUCGUAGAAGUAAGCGCGAUUACUCUAGUAUUAAUCUAGUAAAUACACUUAAACUGAAUGGUUUAUUGAACUACCGGCGCCCCUAAACCUGGAGUCUCGCGCAAGUCCGAAGUGGACGGAGUGUAAGAUCCACCUUCCUCAGUUUUGAGGUCGUUACUAAGAAAUGGCCAACAACAUAUCCUGUGACCGCAACCAGUCCAUGGCUGUUUUCUAUGACCGCCACCAAAAGGAAGUGAACUGGACUGACACGCAACUGGUGGCGGUGAAGUGCUUUGGAUCUCUGUUCUGCACCUUCAUCUUGGUGUCAAACGGGUUGGCCGUCGCUGCCGUGGUCAUCAACCGGAAGUUUCACUUUCCCUUCUACUAUCUCCUGGCCAAUCUGGCAGCGUCGGAUUUCCUCGCCGGAAUAGCAUAUAUCUAUCUGAUGUUCAACACCGGCCAGGUGUCCCGAACUCUGACUGUGAACAUGUAUUUUGUGCGUCAGGGAUUGCUUGAUAUUAGCUUUUCGGCAUCCCUGGGUAACCUACUGGUCAUAGCACUGGAACGCUACGUCGCCAUCAUGAGCUGGAAGCUUCACAGUGGCCUCACCAAGCGGCGGGUCUCCCUGCUGAUCAUGUUCGUCUGGGCCGUCGCCCUCUUCCUGGCCGCUGUGCCCAGCCUGGGCUGGAACUGCCUCUGCAACCUUGAGGACUGCUCUGCGCUCGCUCCUGUCUUCAGCAAGAGUUACCUCAUCUUCUGGUCGCUGUCAAACUUGGUCGUGUUUUUGGUCAUGGUGGUGAUCUACACACGGAUGUAUGCGUACGUGAAGAGGAAGACCGUCGCUCUGUCCCCGAAUACCAGCUUAAACCGUAGGAGGAUGCCAAUCAAGUUCAUCAAGACGGUGAUGACAAUUCUAGGGGCCUUUGUAAUCUGCUGGACUCCUGGAUUACUGAUCCUUCUGCUGGAUGGCAUUGACUGUAAGAAGUGCUAUGUGCUGAAGUUCAAAACUUGGUUUCUUCUCCUUGCCACCCUCAACUCAGUGAUGAACCCCAUAAUCUACUCCUACAAGGACAAGGACAUGUGGAGGACCAUUAAAAACAUCAUAUGCUCUUUGGCUUGCCUCAGGCACAAGGGCCGGCCAAGGAAUAGACAGCGGAGCCUGAAGCCCCAUUCAGACACUCUUCCCAUCCAGGAAAUGGGGAUCGAGAGCCAGUGCUCGGUCGAGGAGAGGCUUCAGGAAUGAACCUACUGUGAGCCCGAGAGGGAACAAGGAAAUGUUAACCCUACUGAAUUCUUAUCAAUCGCUUCAGAUGGAUUUGGACCCCUUGGUCAAAGACAUGGCCUACUGGAGAUGCAUGGUGUGAAACUUGCCUUGGAAUUUGCUUUCGAUGGCUGAAAUUCUGAGAAUUUUGAUCAGUGCUUGAAGUAGGUCGGUACUCACCAGUACACAGUAUCAGCACCUCUUUGUUUUUCUCUUCAGAGUACUGGCACCUCUCAGUACCUGCUGGUACUGAAUAGCAAGAGGAAUACCGGUACCUGGUAGUGAAUAAUAAGGAGAGUACCGGUACCCGGUACUGAAUGACAAGAGGAGUACGUACUUGAUACUGAAUAACAAGUGGAGUACCGGCAUCUAACUACACGUACUGGGGGUGAGGGGAUGGUUAUGGAUUUCCUUUCAGGAACUAGAUCGGGGGGAACUUUUACAAAACAAAUUUUGCAAAUGGUUUAGAAAAUUAUUUUAUUAUUUUUUAUUAAUUUUGUUAUAGACAGACUUCAAUUUAUGGUAAAUACCAAUGGGUCCCGCGAAUGACCACAAUCACUAUUAUUUCAAUAUACAGGUUUCAUUUUGGUACUGGCAUCUAUGUUGUCAUACUACCUACACAUACAGAAGUUAUGUAAGAUGAAAAUGUUUGAGUGAAUGAGUGUGUGUUGCAGAUUGACACUGAAAACAUUGGCUGAUGCCCUGUCCUGGUCGCUCACCUGACUUGUGCCCUGUGCAUUCUGGGAUAGGCUCCUGGUGCCCCCUAGACCCUGACCAGGAUAAGCAGUAUUAAGAUAGAUGGAUGUCAGUUCUAACCACAUAGAGUAAAACCAGUUCUUUCUUCCAUUGGUUCUAUGGGAAGCUAUGCAAAAGUCUGCAUGGAACAUUAAGCUCACUUACUAAUAGUUAUCGUCAUACUCUGAUGUUUCCGGACUCCUGUCGAGUAACUUUGAGUACACCGUUAUUGAGGUGUGAUCUCAGUCUUCACUGUCUUCUACACUUCUACAAAACUGAGGUGCUUACUUCAAUGUUUUAUCUCUUGAAACUUCAGCUGCAAACAAUGUGGCAGGUUUAUUAUCACGACAUUGUCCUGGUCCAGCAUGUCAAAAAACAAUCUCCCUGUGGACAUUUUAUGGAGGGGCGUGCUAUGACUUCCGAAUACGAGAAUCGUAUGUAACCUGAAGCCUAAACUGAAACUGUAUGCUUCUGGGCCAUAAAUGAGUCACUGAAAAGUAGCUCCGAAAUAUGGGUAUUCAGUCCAUUAAAUACUGUUCAGGGACAACA